AUGCCGCCUAACACACCUUACAAAUCCUAUGCAGGUGCGAGGUCAACACCGUACGAUGCUGACGGUGCGUCAAGUCGCUUUUUGAACGAAUCUAUGGCUGACGUGGCUGGCAGCUCAAGCCUUCGAACAGAUCCUGCGUCACGAGGCCGUCGACCAUUUCAAUCGUCUGGCUUGUUCCAUAAGGACCUACGUCUGCUCAUGUAUGCAUACGGCGAUGUAGCGAAUCCAGCGCCUGAAAGUGUGGCCAUACUAGAGGAAAUGACCGUCGAUUUUCUUACGGAUUUGUGUCUGCGGGCUGAGCCAAGUAUCUACGCACUGGGGCUUUCAUCGUCUCAAUUCGCAGCUACUGCCACCGAUGCCAAUGGCGAUUCGCCAGCAUCAUCAGCCCUACGCGGUCAACCAUCAGCGAUGCAGACAUACCGCCAGCGAGCGAAACUAGAUGACUUUAAGCAUGCUUUGCGCAAUGAUCGCAAGAAGCUUGGUCGUUUGGAGCAACUGCUCUAUGCGGACAAAAUGGUGCAAGAGGCUCGCCGUAUAGGCGGCGUCGAGGAUGUGGCGGCCAGCGCAGGGGCGUUACUACAUGGCGAGAGUCGACAGCCUAGCUAA